AUGGUUCCAUUUUGGGAUUUUUUUUUCUUAUGGGACCCUCUUCUACAUUUCCCCCAAUGGUUCUUAUCUCACGACCAAACUACCUGGAACUCCAAAACUUCUGCAACCUGAGCAUCACACUAAACUUUGGCAGGUGAUCUUUCAAUAUAAGAAAACUGUUACAUUCAUCAAAACCCAAGAAGAUUGAAGCAGGGGAGGAUAUCAGGUAACGAUAAAAAAUGGGUUCUGUCUGGAAAGCUGAGUUUGAGUCACUUUGCAUUGGUAAAUUAUUCUCGGAAUUUCUGUUCAUCUUGCAUUUCAGUUCCAGCCUUUAACUGGGUUUCCUCUCCGGAAUUUUGCUGAAGAUGAUCUGUAAGGCCUGAGAUGCAGGGUACUGCUGGGAGGAUAGAAGUUGACCUCCAAACUAGCUCAUGUUCAAUGGAGAAGCAAGUUGGAAAGCUUGGUCAACAAGGUGUUGGAUGUUUGCGAUGUGUGCCAUCAUUAUUAAAACCAAUACUAGGAGAGUGCAUAGCUGCCUUUACUUGCAGCUCAUAUGUAUUAUAGUUUAAAAUCGUCUGUUUGCUUGGGGUCCAAGCCCACCAAUUCUAUAUCUUCUCUGAAACUUCUGCUUUGCCCAUCAGGGUUGGAGCUCUUUCCCUUCCUCUGUUCUGCGUUUACUCAAAAGGCUCUAGUCUUAAUUAUAUCUUAAAAAGUUGGUCAUCAAUCUCAACAAGCUCAAGGACAACGAGUCGGAGAAAUGACUGACAACAGCAACAUGGAAGGAAUUCAAGAUGACGUCAAGGAUCCAUAUUCUCCACCAAGAAAAAAGAUAAAGACCGAUGAUGAAGCCAGUGCAAGCAAAGAAAAUGCUGUGAACUUCUCUGGAUCCUUAGUUCCCACUGCACUCAAAUACAAGAUCCAUGCCCAUGAAGGUGGCUGCAGCUCCAUUUUAUUCCCAUUUAAUUCUCAAAAUUUGAUCAGUGGGGGAAAGGACAACACGGUAAAGAUAUGGGACACAAGCACUGGGGCACUUACCAGCCUUCUUCAAGGGUUCCAAGGCUCAGUUUAUGAUCUUGCCAUCAGCUCUGACAACAGCUUCCUUGCUGCAGCUCUCACAUCCCAAAAAUUGUGUGUAUGGGAAUUGAAUACUAGUAAAAUUCGCCAGACCCUCACAGGCCACAGCCAAAAGGUUUGUGCUGUGGAUGUGGGCAAGGUCCUUAGCCGCUAUAUAGUUAGUGCUGGGAGUGAUCAAAUGAUAAAAGUAUGGGACUUGCAGCAAGACUAUCCUGUCUGUUCUCGAUAUAUCUCCAGUGCUUGCAAUGCUAUAAGCUUUUCCUCGGAUGAAACCACAAUUUGUUCAGGCCAUGCCAAUGGAAAGGUCAUAUUCAGCAAAGUCAAUAGAUUUUGGAUGAAUCAUAGCAGUGAAGUUGAGGCUCAUACACAGUCUGUGACUUCAAUCUGCCCACUUCAAAAUGGGAGUCUCAUACUGAGCAGUGGAAGGGAUAAUUGGCACAAUUUGAUUGAUACCAGGACAAUGCAAAUCUGCAGUAAAUUCAGAACCAGGUGCAGCAGAGUGGCUUCUAAUUGGAGCCGGGUGUGUGUCAGUUCUGAUGAUAAUUAUGCAGUUGUGGGCUCAGCUGAUGGAUCAGUCUAUGUGUGGUCUAUGCAGAUGGGAAGAAUGGUGAAUGCUCUGAAGGGGCAUACUGCUCCUGUUCUCGCUUGUUCAUGGAGCGGUAUGGGGAUGCCCCUGGCCUCUACUGAUAGUGAUGGAACUAUUUGUAUUUGGUCUUGAGAUGAGAUUUUGGAAAGCAUUCAGAACAAAAAAACUGAAAGGAAAAAAAAAAUACAAAGAAUUGAAUUAAUGGUUAUUGCUUUUAUGCUUUGAACCCGGAUAAAUUAAGAUCAGACUGCAAUUCCUUCAAAAUUAUUUCUUCUGAAUUCCAGCAAAAUGUCAUCCCAGAACUGCCACUUAUCUUGAGUAGUGCCAUUUAGCCAUGAGAGCAUGGGGACAUGAGGAAUGUUCUUCAUGCCCAUGAUAGCAUUUUGUGUAUAUUUCAAUUUUCCUCUGAUAAUGGUUGAUUCUGAUAUCUCACAGCUGCACUACCUGGAACUUCAAAGCUCAAAGCAGUGGCCAUUCCCAUGGACGCUUCCCCUCAACUUCAGCUGCCUUAGCAUAUCAGCAUGAUCUUUUCACAAAUCAAAUGAUGUAUUUGACAUCAUCCUUGGUGCAAGUCAUUUUGCAUCUCUAAAUCACUCCUGUUUUCCUGCAUUUGAAUUCCAGAUUGUCAAAUGGAUUUAUCAACAGCGGGUUAACAGAAAGAACUUUUCUUCUCUCUGAAUGAUGCUCAAGAUGAUCUUUAGUGGUCAAAUUUCGAGGGUACAUGCCCUAUUAGGACCCAUGAUGCAGGGUACUCCAGAAAGCUUAAGUUGGUGCCAGAAGCUGACCUCCAAACUGGCCCCACAUUCAAUGAAGAAGCAACUUGGGAAGCUUGGUCAACAACGUGUUGCGGGUGUACACAAUAAUUAUUCAAACCAAUGGUGGAAGAGUGGAUAGCUGGCUUAUUUGCUUGGGGACCAAGUUUACCAUUUCUUCUUCUUCUUCUUCAAUAUCCUUUGAUUUGAUUCUUAGACCGAAAGGCAAGUGGCAACAGCAGCAUGGAAGGAAUUCAAGAUGAA